AGAGAUAGUGAAGAUAUUUCAGUGCUAAAUUAAUCCAACCUGUGCCAUGAACAGCGCAAUGAAUGCAGUCGUUCUUCUGUUGUCCAUUUUUGUUUCUUCAGAAGCAGCUGUUACUUGGAGGGAUUGUGUUCCCCCCACUACUGCCCAUCCGUAUGUGACGUUUACAUCUGUGUCCGUGUCGCCGUCUCCUGUGGUGAUUCCUGGAAACAUCACAAUCGGUGUACGAGGAUCAGUUCAUCAUAACUUUGGUAAAGAUGUUAGAAUGGUAGUUCACAUGGACAAAUAUCUCCUAGGAGUAUGGACAAAGGUUCCCUGUAACAGUAACGUAGGAUCUUGCAACUACGACAACCCAUGUGAGUUUUUAUCUGCUUUUGCGACAUCAGGCACUUGUCCACCUCAACUUGAAGCACAUGGUCUCCCGUGUACGUGUCCAUUUAAUCCAUCCGACAUCAAUCUACCCCCAUCAGUGUUCGAAGUGAAAACAAUUAAUGCAGCCUGGUCGUGGCUGGCGACGGGGAAGUUCCGAGUUCAAGCUGAGAUGAUUCAUGGUCAUGAUAUCGUUGGCUGCUUCCAUGUCGAAAUGGAUAUCAAAAGGACUGGAGGUCAUGGAUUUAUCUUUGGAUAAAAAAAACUGAAAAGUGAACUAUGUGAUGACGAAGCAUGAAAGCUUAAUUUAUGAUUAAAGCU